AUGGCAGAUCCGUUUCCUCGGCGACCGGCCGUAAACAUAGAUUUCAGUGACGUCACCUACAGGGUCACAACAUGGAGGAAGUUCAAACCAGCAGAGAAGAAAGAGAUCUUACACGGGGUCAGCGGAGAGUUCCGCUCCGGAGAGCUGACGGCUAUCAUGGGGCCUUCUGGUGCGGGCAAGUCAACGCUCCUCAACAUCCUCUCUGGCUACACGGUCCGAGGUAGUGGAGGUUCGAUUCGCGUGAACAACGAUGAACGCGGUGUCUCCAAAGGCCUAGAGGAGUUCAAGAAGAUCUCUUGCUACAUCCAGCAGGACGACAUGGUUCGCCCGCAGCUGAGGGUGAGGGAAGCCAUGAGUUUGGCCACGCACCUCAAAUUGGGCUGCGACAUACCGGGCUACCAGAAGAAGCAAAAGGUUUCAGAACUGCUGGGUAUGCUUGGUCUAGCGAAGUCAGCUGAAACCUACUGCAAAGACCUCUCCGGAGGUCAGAAGAAAAGGCUGUCCAUUGCUUUGGAAUUGGUCACCAAUCCACCCGUGAUAUUCUUGGAUGAGCCUACAACUGGCUUGGACUGUGUCUCGACUACAUCGUGCGUUGAUCUGUUGAAGCAGCUUGCCGAGCAGGGGAGGACCAUGAUCUGCACUCUGCACCAACCGUCAGCGAUGCUCUUCUCCAAGUUCAGUCACCUCUACUGCGUGGCUGAAGGGCAAUGCAUCUACCAAGGUCCUCCGGCUGCCAUGACUUCCUUCUUCCAGUCGUUUGGUCUGGUCUGUCCUCAGUAUCACAACCCUGCAGACUUCUUGAUUGAAGUAGCCUCUGGUGAUUACCCGAGAGAUCUGGAUAGCCUGGCUCAAGCAGCAGAUAAUUUAGCACUCAAAAGAGCGAUUUGUUUAGACAAAAAUGACAAUGCGGAUGAAAAAGGAAUUGAAUUGUAUAAUUUACAAAGUCGAAAGAAGAUCAAACAAACAUCAGAUAAUGAUCUAGUCAGUGCAAAAUGUCUGCCGAAGCCAGCUUCAAUGUGGUUGCAGUUUUUCCAUUUAUAUAACAGAAAUCUUAUCGUCGUAAGAAGAGAUUAUUUUCAGAUUUUAUUAAGACUGAUUUGUCAUUUGUUUAUCGGGGUUAUAUUUGGUUACUUAUACCAGAAUGUCGGCAACAAUGCUCAGACUAUAUUGGCAAAUUUUAUUUUUGUUUACGGAAGUAACCUAUUCCUUCACUACACUGGUCAAAUGACUGUUUUGCUUUCUUUUCCUCUAGAAUAUGCAAUUUUAACGAGAGAACACUUCAAUCGAUGGUAUUCGUUACUUCCGUAUUGCCUGGCUCUUUUCUUGGUAGAAGUUCCUCUUCAGUUGGCUUGUGCGCUCGCUUAUUUAUUACCUGGUUAUUAUUUGACCGCUCAGCCUUUUGAAACAGCAAGGGUGUCGACAUUCUUCAUGUUCAAUCUAGCCAUUUGCCUAACUGCGCAAGCCACAGGUUUCCUGUCAGGGGCUUUGUUCCCUGUUACUAUUGCCGUUUUCUUGGGACCAGUGCUAUCCGUAUUUCUGUCAGUAUUUGGUUUUGCAUCGAAGUACAGCGAUAUUAACGCUCCUUUGAGGCCAUUCUACAACAUAUCUUAUUUUAGAUCUGCCUUUCAGGGCUCAUUUUAUUCACUUUACGGAUCGGGCAGGAGUGACCUGCCUUGUAGCGAAUUUUAUUGCCACUACAAGAAACCUAAGGUUUUCCUUGACGAAAUGGAACUGCGAGACUUCCAACCAGUUCAAGAAAUAUGUUAUAUAUUGUUUGUCGGCGUUAUUUCAUACCUUUUUACUCUGUUUUCAGUUUGGUCUAAGCUGAACAGGAGGUAG